AAUACAUUAGGUGAAUAGACAACUAAACGGAUUACAUUUUUUAACUCAACGCAAGUUUAACGUUUACAUUUUUUGAAGUUAAUUAUCUGUUUGAUCAUAAACUUUGUCUAAAUGGGUGACAGUGAAACAAUAAGCAGUAUUCGCACUCGAGCGCUGUACAAACUGAGCUAUUACGUACAUCUAUUAAUAGAGUUGGGUUUUGCGCUGCAAACACCAUUGAUGACUAAAUACAUGAUUAUACUGUGAUAGUGUUUGGAUUUGCUUCGGAAUAGGUGCUUUUAUUAAUCGACGGAUUCGACCAUAUUAAACCAACGGAUUGUGAUUCUUGUGAUGUUAUGUCAUAUCAAUGAUAUAUUUUAUAAAUGAUUUAACGUUAUACACGUGCAGUCUCUAAGUUAGGAUCCCACGCUUUUGGCUAUUUUGACUUAUUUGUAUUCGUACUAAUAUGGGAAUGAUUAAUUUUUCCAUUUAAUGGUGAAUUUAAUUCAAUUCCUGGUUGCUGGAGUGCAUAUGAAUGUAAAAAUCACCCAGGUAUGUAAGGUGAGAAUAUCGCUAUCAUAUGCUAUGUUAAACUACCAGGAGUAACUAGGAGUUACAUUUCAGUGAUAUUUUCCAAAGGAUCAAUGGAUAUGAACAUGUCCUGGCAAGCGAUGUUAAAUGACACCUUCAUUCUGAUUCAAUAAGAAGCAUUGACAAAAUUUGUUAUGGGCAACCCUGCACACGAGUAGCUGAGCUAUUUGUAUGGAUGAUUCAGACUCGGGAAUACAAGGAAGCACAAUCGAUCUUGUGACUUGGGCUUGGCACUCUAAACAAAAUCAGGAUUUGCCCGACAUGCCAUGGGACAAAUGGUAGCGCUGUAUAUGUUGUUUUAUCGUGUAAAUGAUACUUAAUUUGAAGUGAGUUUAAAUUUUUUUAGGCAGUGAAAUGGCCAUGUGAGGGUGGCAAGUUAUUUUUUAAUCAUAUGAUAAUGUCACAAAGAAAGAUGGCCUUGUAUAUAAAAGAGGAGGAUCAUGAUUUUCGAACGUUUUAUCCGUUUACUGAUUGCCAUUCAUAUUCGAACAAUACAGUUGAUUAAAGUGCCGGGUAGAACGGAAAUUUAAUUUCAGUGAAUGCAGAGGUCCGGAAUUUGCUAUGCGUUAAAGUAUUCAUUUUGCAAUGCUUCUGAAAUUGCCAAGGUAAAUACUUCGUUUAACCUGUCGACAAGUUACAGUCGUGAUAAGUUAUAAAGAUGGGGAAUGUGCCGUCUUCAUCUUAUACGCUUGAAGGUCGUGAGGAUGAUUUGAAGAGUUUAGUAAGCUAUACCAAGCUGAAGGCAGGGUCUAGAUUAAUCCAGAUAUACGGACACGAAAAGGUUGGAAAGUCCAGGGUCCUAAAAGAACUGUUCCGACAGAUACCGACUGACGAUGGAUGCAAGAGAAAGCUUUUGUAUCAAGAUUUUGAACGUGACGUUAAAAGUAAGUAUCGCCAAAAGUUAUGGGUAAAACAUAUGUGUAAGUCAUUUGGAAAAGAUUUUCAAUCCGUUGAAAAAAACAACGAUGAACCUGUCUGCGAGUUCUUUAAAGAUUGGUUCAUAGAUGUUGUGGACGAGAAAGAUGAGAACGUGAUGUUAUUUCUCGAUAACGUGGACUCCUUUAUGAAAUCACCUCUAAAAGACAACUUCCUUGACUUUCUGAACAUUUCUCUCAGCGAUUGUUCUAGAUUGCAAAUCGUGCUAACAACGUCCAUUAAGUUAAAACUCACACAGCUGACUGUAGAAGAUCAUGAGGUACGCCCGCUAGAGGACGACGCCGUCAUGUGUUUGCUCCACGAAGUGACGAAACACCACUAUAAAGACGGCGAACUGGAGAUUCGCGAGAGGCACAACGUCUAUCUACAGUGGGUGGCGAACCUAUGCGAGGGUCGGCCGCAACUCGCCAUUACAGCUGGUGUGCUACUCGUAGAAGACGAAUAUUUUUUGAAGCCGCGGGAACUGCUCGAACUCAUGAUUUCCUGUCGCCGGCAGUGCCUCAGUCCAUUUAACUGUCCACCUGGCGAACGAAUGGAAAACCUGAGUGAAAAUAUAAGGCAGCUGGAUGAAGAGAUACAGACGUGUUUUAAGCGGUUGUCCCGUUCUGGGCCGGACGCAAACAUAGCUGAAGAAUCGACCUAUUCCUUACUCAACAGAGGAAACGAUUCGCUUGCGAGAGUGAAGCUAUUUGUAAUAAAGGAUAUUCUUGACCACAAAUUGCUCGACAGAGAUCCCAAGAACCGGACGUUCGAGCUCCAUGGUGUUGUGAGGGAAAAUGUGCUCGCUCCAACAGACUCAGACUCAGAGGAGGGGGUCCUGAUAGCACGGACAAAUGCCCAGAAGCUCGGAAUGACGUUAACCGAGGCCCAACUGAGAGACCCACGCCUCCUCGAGGCUACAUUGAAAGGAAGCCUUAACGAUACUACACUCAAAGAAACGAAGGUCAGUUUCCCUGCAGACUUGAACAAAAAGGACGAUGGGGUGAUUGGCGGAGAGAGGGACGACUGCUCGACUAUUAAUGCGCGCGAGGUUGAAGAACAUGAGGAAAAGCCGGAACAACGGUACGCGGACAACGGCUUGGGGAAACUCGCACUCGUGGAGACCACAUGCACAAGGGCAACAGAGGAACGCGAGGAAGUGGUUUCCACGACGCCGGAGGAUUCCUUGGUUACAUAUGAGCAUACAAAAUCACAUGAUAUGAAAACUCUUGAAGGUUCAAAAUACGACAGUAGACGAACUAUUUCUGUUGACGACAAAGUUGUUCCUUUUUCGCUUACAUCUUGUUCCAACCAGCCGGAAACUGAGCCGAACGCCGUCUGCGUUGAGCAGCCACCUUCCUACCACACUAUAGAUCCCAUUCGGCCAGGGAAUGCGUCCACCCGUGUAGGCCUUGGCGAACAGCAUGCUGGCGUAUUUGUUGGUCAAGGUCUGUCACCCCCCCCUUACGAGCGCAAUGCACGCGCUCCUCCUCUGAGCCAAGCGUCUCAAGUUCCUACGCCAGAAAAUGUCGCCGUGGUGCGGCCGGAAAUUACCUCUAUUGACUCCCAAAUUGGGCCUUGCGCUCUCUCCCCGGUCAAGGACGUUCCGUCGAAUUCCCUGUCAAAACUUGAUGCUGGGUUUAAGAACGUCAUUGUGACAAUAUGUGAUGUAUUUUUUUGGUAAAUCAUUCAAGCUCUAAAACGCGUUUAGUUUGUAUGUCUAAAAUACUAUUCAUUUGUUUAUAAAUUUAUUAAUCAAACACUGUAUUUAUGUGUUAAUGUCAUUUGAUGAAGCAUUUUUGUAAAUAUAUCAUACAUAUAUAUAUAUAUAUUUGAUCUCCAAUCGGGUUCAGGGCAGUCCAUUAGUUGUUGCUGUAUUUGGUGUUUAUAUUUCUAUCAUAACUUGGCAGUUGGGGUGUGUUAUGAAGAAACGGGAAACUAAACGACUUGAAGCUAAUUUUCAUGUCAAUUUUAGUAUGAGGUUGAACAAUUCCAUUGCAUCCUUUCCCCUUAUACUAUAUAGACUUGAUGAGGGCUCAAUGUAGAACAAACUUUAAAAUGUGGUAAUAAUUUGUAUUGUACAUUUAAUACACAAUUGGCCGAUUUUCGUUGAUCACGCAUUUGGAGCUCCUCGGCCAUUUUUUUAUCGAUCACAACCUCGGAUGUAAGCCGGUACAUCAGUUGAAGUAGUUCGUAUUUUUUUUAAUUAUAUCAUUCAUCAAAUGUAGUGUUUUAGAGUUGCAUUUAUUGAUCUAAGUUUAAAUUGAUUGUCAGUGAAGUGUAUUAUUGUAGACAUAAUUAAGAUUUCUAAGAGUAAAGUCAUAAAGUUUAACUGCUAAAUAAAACUACUAAGCGAUCUACUCGCAGCGUACCGCUUUUGGAGUAUGUAAAUCGUCCAAAUACAUCCGAGGUUGUUUUCUAUAAAAAUGGCCGAGAAGUUCCAAAUAGUUAAUCGCGCUGUUAACUUUAAAAAAGGUUCCUAACAAUCGACCCAUUGUCAUUACAUGUACUUUUAUAAUUUAUUAACAGUGAGUGUUGCUCAAAUGCUGAUUUCAUGACGUGAUGUUUUUUGACAUGUUUUGUUUUUGUGUUCAAACGUUUUGCUACUGAGCUUGUUUCUGUAGUUUUUCACAUAAGUAUGUAUAUUAUUUUUGAUUUCGCAUGCGCUAUAUUUGUAGUGUGAUGAGUUCAUAUUAUUAAAAAUAAAACAAAAAGGACAAACAUUGUCAUCCCUAGUUUAGAGAGUUCUAUUGCAGUAGAACAUUGUUACAUGCACGUUUUGGAUAUGGCAGCUUGUCAUCAUUUUCAUACUUUACAGAUGUGUUUUAUUGCAACCAUGUUCAUAUGACAUUAAAUGUUUAAUUAUAUAAUAAAUGACAGA